AGUGUAGGCAAUUCCUAAAUAGGAACUGUGAACAGAGGUGUGCGAAACGCAGACAUCUGAAGUGGGGGCGUAGUUAUCAGAAUUGAUGCAGAGGCCUACUGUUUGGUAGAGCAGUUAAAAGAGACAAUUUUGUGAUUGUGUUUUGUGUAGGCAGUCGACGCACAACAUUCAGAAAUGGCGUUAACGGGAUGUUACGCCGUUUUGAAGUUCCUUUUGUUUAUCUUUAACUUCAUAUUCUGGUUGGUGGGACUGACAAUUUUGGUUUUUACUAUUUUACUGCUCACUGACAAGACAUCAUACCUGAGCAUAACUGAAGAUGAUGGAAAUUAUUACACAGGCUUAUACAUUCUACUCGCAGCUGGUGCACUAAUAUUUAUAGUUGCAUUUUUGGGCUGUUGUGGGGCAUACAGGGAGUCUCCUUGUAUGCUUGUAUCGUUCUUCUGUUUCCUUCUCAUAAUAUUGGUUGCGGAAAUUGCUGCUGGAGCAUGGGCUUAUAGCAAUAGUGACCGCUUAAAGGAACUAGUCAGUCAGAGUGUUACUGCAACCGUACAAGCUGAUUAUGGAACAUCAGGAGCUGAUUCACGUACAGCUACAUUUGAUGCUAUACAGUCUGGAUUGAAAUGCUGCGGGGCAUCUGGUCCAGGUGAUUGGGCUAAUAGUAAAUUCAAUAUGCGUGACAAAAAUAUAGUGGAAGUGACAAUUAAGAAGGCUGUCAAUGUUUACAACAUUCCUGCUAGCUGCUGCAUUGAUGGAAUUACGAAAAAGGAAUGUGAAGAAGGGCGCACAGUGAUAUUAACUGCUGCUAUAAACAGACAAAUUUAUUCUGAGGGCUGUGUCGACAAACUGAUUGAACUCCUUCAGCAGUAUGCAAAUAUUUUGAUGGGUGUUGGCCUGGCACUUGCCACAGUUGAAGUUCUGGGUCUUAUAUUCUCACUCGUACUGUGCUGUGCUGUUCGUUCAGAGGACAGAUACAAAGCUUAAAUUUUUUCCUCUAUGGCUAUUUUAUUUGUUAAAUGAGAUAUAAAAUGACUUCUUUCUCAAUGCACACAAUUAACAUAAAGGACCAUAAUGCGCUUACAUACUUCAUGGUAUAUUUAUACAGAAUAUUUUUAUGAAACUUAUACUGUGCAAGAAGUUUGAAUCUCUCAGCCUGCCUGUUUUUUGGCAUGUUGUCUUAUUUGUUAGAUCUGAAGGUAGCAUUGAAUCAUUUAUAAUUACUUCUCACUUCUGCUGUAAGAUUUUUAAAUCAUUGUUUAUAGAAUUUCAUAAACUUUUUAUAUGUGCAAAUGUUCAGGUUUUUUGUUAUUUGCUUGAAUAAGUCAUGACAAUCUAAUUUAUUUGUAUGUUGUGAUGAAUUAUUGUCAUAGAUUAAUAGGCAAGUUCACCUUAUACAAGUUUAAAGUUGAUAGCUGGGUUGGGAAUGUUCUUUUUGUUCCCAGAACAGUAGUAUUUAGCUGUUACAUGUUGUCUGUCAACUUCUUCACACACACACACACAUACACACACACACACACACACACACACACACACACACACACACACACACACAUUAUUUCUUAUAUGGGUUUAGUUUUCGACAUUCAUAAAUAUUUGAAGUCUUUUUUUAAGGGUAGGCAUAAUUUUGCCUUUGGUUAAUGUCUGAACCUUUUUCCUCGUAGCAGCUUGAUAUUUGUGGCCUGCAGUCUUCUUCCUGCAAAGAUCUGUGGAUUAGUAAAGUUUCAUAACAUAUUUGCACUAGAAAAGAAAAAUCUGUCAGUCAUUAAUGUACAGUAACUUGCAUUUUAAUUUCACACUGUUUUUAACAACUAAUGCAUUGUAGCAUAGUUGAGAAGUCUAUUUUUAAUAUUUUUGAAAUGACUUAUUAGUUGAAGCAAAAUGUCUUAAAAUUGUGGCACUUACAGGAAGAGGUCUCACUGCUUGUAACACUAGAUAAAGUUGAGUUUUUGUGGUUAGAAUCAAAAUCUGUUGUAGUGAUGUACUAUAUUUAAGAAUUUAAAGUAUCUAGCAGUAAAUGUGUAACUGUAGAAAUUUUAAGUUUUAAACUUCUUCAGACUUUAAAUGUGGCACAAAACUUAAAAGCACUCAAGCAAGGAAUUUGCUAGCAGUCAAUGUCACAGGUUAUCUGUAAUUCAGUUUUCCACCCUAUUCUCUGAGUUAGUAGGGAGAGAUUAAAAAAAAGGUAGCAUAAUGUGCUGAUGUUAGUCAUUUAAUUUAUACGUAUCAGUUUCAAUUGUUCAGUAGCAAGUCAUUGAGAGACAAAAAAAAAAUUGUAGAUAAAGUGGAAGCCGUUGUGAAAAAAUAUAGCACAGUUUUGUAAUGGUAAAGUCUUGCCAUAAUUUGUUAGUACAACAUUUUGUGUGUGAUGAAUUGCAAAUAUAAUUUUAAAGUUCAUUGACAUACAAAGCACGGGAAACUAUAUUUCUGUGUACGAUGAGUGCUUGUUGGAAGUUCAGCAACUUUAAACUUUGAAGAAAAAAAAAGGCUGUUUUAAGAAAAGUUAUUUUGUCUUGUAUCAUUUCAUGUUUCUCUCUCUCUCUCUCUCUCUCUCUCUCUCUCUCUCUCACUCACUCACUGUAUGUUUCAUUCGACAUAAAAUACUCAAAAGCUUUAUCAUAUUUUUUCAAACAGUACUCAAAAAUCUUCAGUAUAUGAGAGUUACUGAAGUAUGUGGGCGACAGUAAUGUAUACAGCUAUGAAUAUGACUGCUUAAAUAUUAUUACCAAAUAAAUUUGGUGAAAGUUUUAUUCUCAUAAUAUGAUUGUCAUGAUUAUUUUAUAUUUUUAAAAACUUUUUUAUUUCUUGGACGUAUCCAGUAUAAGUGCCAUAAAGCACUCUAAUACUUAUCUGCAUAAGUAACAUAGUUUGUACGGUUUUGUAAUUUGUGGACAUUAGUUUAAUCUUUAUAAUUUUGAAAGACUUGUGCACCACUGCAGUUUAACAGUUCUUUGUACUUGUGGAGUACCCAACAAUGAAAUUGCAGUUAGGGCUUGUCAUGAGAAAUUUUGCUAUAAUACUAAUGCAUUUUCAUUAAUAUAGCUGUGAAUAAGUCAUGACUUCCCUUAAAAUUUUCAAUGAGAACACUUAAAAGUGUAAUGCCAUAUCUGUAGUUCUUCAUUCUUAGGGAGCUAUUUUUUGUCACUCCUAUUUCCAAAGAAAAUUAAUUUUGCGCAGUUUGUACUAUUAUGUUACGGCAAGUUACAAAUUUGGCUUGGGACCAGUUUUUUCCAAUAUAUUCUAUUUUUAUAUGGUGGUGCUCUCAUGUGCUGAACUUACAGGUACCUACUUUGAAUACCCUUAAAAUCAAAAUUCUAGAAGUACUUAACUGUCAAACUGUGAAGGGUUUUUUGCUCUAGAUACUCAUAAGGCUAUGCAUGAUAUGCUCUCUUAUGUUGACAAUGGUAAUCUCUUGACAUUUAUAAAAUAAAGACUGUAUCUAAAGCCAAUUUGUUAAAAUGAAGAGUAGCUUUGGAUUCAAUCAUGAUUGUAUUUUUCCAACUGUAAUUUUGUUUGUUACAUCCUCACUCGAUUAGUUCAAUUAUAUUUGUUUAAUUACAAACGUGAAUUAUAUUUUUGUAAAAAAUUUUCAUAAUUUAUUGCUCCCUUGAUUCACAAAGAUGUGCCAAAUAUUUUCACUCAAAUAGAAAACAUCUUUUUAAAAAAGAAAGAAUUAAGUUGUACUCCAUAUUAAAGGAAACGGAUGGAAUACUGGAAUGCUAAUGGUUGUUAAUUAAGUGAACAUAAAGAUUGGGAAGUAAUCAUUACAUAAAUGUUGAGUCUUAUUUGUAUUGCUAGUCAGUAACGCCCCUCUAAUGUGUUCAGAAACCAUCUUUCUAUAUGCAAGUUAAGAAUUUUAUGUUUAUACUUCUUAAAGUAUUCCAACAAAAAUGCUUUUGCCAAACACUUUGUUACGCAGAGAUAUGGGCGAAAAUGCAAUAUCUAGUGCCCUGAAAGUCCAGGAACAUUAGAAGACUUUUGCUAGAGAAGCUUCUACGGAAUGUACAGCAUUAUUAACGUAUAAAUGAGAAAAUAGACAAUAAUGACAUUAGAAAUCCAGUCUACUGGCAUAAUUUCAGUCAUUGUGCAGCACACAAAUCAGUGAAGGUUGUAAUUUAUUCUGUGUGUUUUAGUAUAUAAGAGAACAAUCUGAAUAUAAAUUCACUGUUAUAAUACACAUUUACAAAUUUAUCAGUUGUUGUAAGAUUACAAAUUAAAAACUUACGCUCAAAAAGUUUACUUUUAAUUUGGAAAUACUGAGUGACAGCUCUGCCUUGCCUGUGUGUUUGUAUCACUGGUCAGAUUUCUUUGCAGUAUUGUUAAAUACAUGUAUGUGCAGAGUAUAUGCCAAUGAAAAACUAUCUUAGACUGAAGUUAAUAAAUAAAUUUAUGCAUUGUUAAUAUAGAUUUUUAGUAUUACCAUUUAGAAUGAGAUUGAUUCAUUCUUGUCUUUUGAAACCAGGGUUUAAGCUUUAAUGGCACAGUUUUUGUUUUUUCCUCAUUUCUUGGUAACUGAAAUGGAAGUAUGUAAAACAUAAUGGUGGAAUGAUAUACAGCUUACACAGAUAAUCUGAAUCUCCUCACAAGUUACCAUUAAGCCAAAUAUUAGUGUUUUUUAUGCUAUUAUGUAUUGUAAGUUACUGUCGAUGACAUUUCAUGUAACUAUCUAGUCAUAAAGCUGUCACGUGCCGAAACUGUUGCUUGAUCAACAGUUACUUUCAUAUUGACUUUGUAGCUUCUUGAACUACUUUAUCUAAAGUAGUAUACUAAAAGUAACUGAAAAAAGGAAUAACAUCAUGCAUUAUCAGCAUAUUGUUAAUUGUUUAGAGACACAAAUGCAAUACUGAGCAUUAUGUGAAGACUAAUUUUCUUUAUUUGUAUAUUAAAACUCUCACGAAUUCGCUUAAGCCCUGGUUGAACUUUAAUGUCGCCAUGUUGUAACAGUUACCAAAUAACGUAGUAAAGAUCAAUUAGUAGUUAAGUGUAAUUAUUUAAAGAAUGUAUUAAAAUGCUAAUUCCUGUCAUCCUUCUGACUUUUUUUAAUAAAACAUUUUAACUUA